UCGUUUAUCGUCGCAAUUCCUGAUUUCAAGAGGAAUCGCGGGCGAUCGAUCGAAAAAGGCAUCUGCCAAUCAGAGCUCGCUGUUCAGACCGCUUAUGGGCGAAGCGUAAACCCACCGGUGACUGGCGGCCCCUCCUCGUCUAUUUUUAAAAGCGCAGGACGUGCGCAGCGUGUUCGUUUCGCGCGCGAAUGUUCUCCAACGCGGAGCGAAGGUCGUUUCGUGUCGAGUCGUGUGCGUGAACGGACGAGUGAUUGCUCAACGAUUACCGGCUAUCUCGAAAUUCACACGUCGACCCGGUCUAGUCGCAUCUGGUCGCGUUUCACUGUGAUCGCCGGCAGACAAAUAGCGAGUCGUCAGUUCCGAAACGAAAAAGGCAGAAGCGAAACGAUCAUCGAGGACCCGAGCAUAUCUGACUCGACUUGUUUAUUGCGUCGCAAGACACGUCAGCCGUGACCCGCCGAGUGGGGUUUCGCGAAGAUCACACCGGGUGACCCCGGAAGUGACAGGUUGCCGGUCAAUUCGCGGCGCGAGCUGUCCCCUGUCUCCCCCCCGUUUGUUUUCAUCUAUACGCCGGUCGCCACGUAUCUCCCCAAGAUUCGGUCCCGCGUCGUCGAGUGUCUUUGCGCGACGCUCGCGAUCCUGUCGCCGGUCGCCCUCGCCCGCGACAUGGCCACGUACGGGCGUUAUCACGGCAGGAAUAAUCAGGAGCUCGUGCAACAUCUACGGCGUUCCAGGGUGAUCAAGUCUGACAAAGUGUUUGAAGUAAUGAGUUCUGUAGACAGAGGAAAAUAUACUCACCCCAGUCAUGCUUAUAUAGAUUCGCCACAAGGAAUUGGCUAUGGUGUCACCAUCAGCGCUCCUCAUAUGCACGCGUAUGCCCUGGAAUUGCUUGAAGAAAAACUGCGCAAUGGCACAAGGGCACUAGAUGUUGGUUCUGGAUCUGGAUACUUGACAGCAUGCAUGGCUCUCAUGAUGGGUUCACAUGGGCUGGCUGUUGGAAUCGAUCACAUUCCAGAGCUUCGAGCAAUGGCUGAAGAGAACAUACGGCAUGACCACCCAGAACUUUUGAAGGACGGACGUGUGGAAUUAGUUGUCGGUGAUGGGAGAUUGGGAUAUCCUGCACGUGCACCGUACAACGCUAUUCACGUAGGAGCAGCCGCCAAAGAAAUGCCACAAUCACUGAUAGAUCAGUUAGCACCUGGUGGACGUUUAAUAGUGCCUAUGGGUCCAGAGAACUCGGACCAAACUUUAGUGCAAGUUGACAAGACUCUGGAUGGCAAAAUCAAACAACGAUCCCUGAUAAGCGUGGUAUUUGUUCCACUCACUGACAAGGAACGGCAGUAUCGUCGAUCAUGAGGCAUGUGUCAGCUCCAAUAAGAGAGCGCCAUUUUAUUAUUUACAGUUUUGAAUAUUAUUUUAUUAUUUUAAACCUCUCAUGUUGAUAGCUUUAUUCACAUAAAAGUAUAUAUCUAUAUAUGAGAAUAUAUAUAUAUGUAUACAUGUAAAAAAUUAAUUGAAUUACAGUUUUGUUCUGUAAGGCACUUGCAAAUUUGUUCCAAAUUAUUGCAAAGAUUAAUAAAAAAUCUGACAUGAGAGUAUUUCGCAAUUUCAAAGAUUUUAAUAUAAGUCUAGUCUUCUAUUAAUUUAUUCUGCUUCAUGAAAAAAAUAAUUAAACAUCAUUUCUAGUUACAAGAUAUUUGGUUUUAAAUAAUUUAGAUUUAAAAAA